AUGAUUCCACGUUUUAAAUACAAUAAUGUCACGUAAAAAAUAAUUUUUUCAAAAAAAAAUGAAAAAUUUUUUCUACACAUUUUACAAAUUUGAUUGAAUGUCACGUGAAAAAUUUUCAAAAAAAUAAUAAUUUUUUAAAUAAUUUUUUUUUUGCAGAGAAUUAUUUGGCGAUUCGUUACAAUGGGGCGCACUUUCAUUGAUUGUUUUGCUUGGACAACAUCGACGAUUUGAGGUGUUGGAUUUUUGCUAUCAUUUGCAUCGGGUGCAAAAGGCUGACGCCAAGGAUGAGGUUCAUAAUGGAAUUGUGAGUUUUUUUUCAAAAAAAAAAAUUGGGUGCCUGAAAUUUUUGGAUUUGAAAAAAAAGUUUUCUAGAUCAGAAUUUUGGGUUGCAAAUCAUGGAAAAUUUUAUUUCGAGAAAUUUUGAUUUUUUUCAAUGAUUUUCAGCGUAAAAUUUCACCUAGUAAAUUUUUUGACUGAUAAAAUUUGGAUUUUUUUGGAAAAAUUAAAUUUUUCUUUAAAAAACUAACUUUAGGUCCAAAAUUUUUUCAUGGAAAAGAAUCAUGGAAAAUCUCAAUUUCUGUUGUUUCCAGGUUUUUCUUGGUUUUCAGCGUAAAAUUUUAAUCAGGAAACUAUUGGCCCUGAAUACAAAAAAAUCCAUUUUAGAAAUGUUCAACUUGUCCCAAAUCCCUUCAAAAAUCCCCCAUUUUUUGUUCCAGCGCCUCGCCAAAAUGGUGGAACGAAUUCGUCGUUUCCAAUUGCUCAACAAUCAAAUCAUCGUAAUUCUCACCAAUCAAUUAAACGAGAAUAAUGACGAAGAAAUGGAACGGGUACGUGAAUUUGCGCCACCAGUUCAUCCAAAUUAUGCCAAUCGACAUUGA